CUGGAUGCUGAGAGAGCAGGAUUAGGGGAGGGUUGGACAGUACUACUGCCCGCCCUAUAUAACACGAGUGAUUGGUUUUUAUUUUAUUGUAGAGAUAGACAUAAGCGAAAUUUGUCCGCUUUCGACGGUUUUUGCAAAGUUCCUCUUUGUUGUAUCCUGCAGAAAUGGAGCGCUGGAAAGGCAGAGUUGCUCUUGUGACUGGAGCCUCGGUCGGGAUUGGAGCGGCUGUAGCACGGGCUCUUGUCCAACACGGCAUGAAGGUGGUCGGCUGUGCCAGAAAUGUUGACAAAAUAGAGAAACUGGCGGCUGAGUGUCAGAGCGCGGGCUACAGCGGCACCCUGAUCCCCUACAAGUGCGACCUGUCCAACGAGGAGGAGAUCCUGUCCAUGUUCUCCGCCAUCAAGACCCUGCACCAGGGCGUGGACGUGUGCAUCAACAACGCCGGCCUCGCCCGCGCCGAGUCCCUGCUGAGCGGCAGGACGGACGGCUGGAGGAACAUGAUCGACGUGAAUGUCCUGGCCCUGUCCAUCUGCACACGCGAGGCCUACCAGUCGAUGAAGGAGAGGCACGUGGACGACGGCCACAUAAUCAACGUCAACAGCAUGGGCGGGCACAGGAUAGUGCCGAGCGCCGACGAGCACUUCUACUGCGCCACCAAGUACGCCGUGACGGCGCUGACCGAGGGGCUCCGGCAAGAGCUGCGGGAAGCCAAGAGUCACAUACGCGCCACGAGUAUAUCCCCUGGAAUAGUGGAAACUGAGUUUGCCUUUCGGCAUCACAACAGCGACCCAGAGAAAGCUGCUGCUACAUAUGAGAGUAUAAAGUGUUUGAAAGCAGAAGACAUAGCCAACGCUGUCACAUAUGUCCUUAGCGCUCCUCCUCAUGUUCAGAUCGGAGACGUGCAGAUGAGGCCAGUAGAGCAGGUGUCAUAGCAACUGAGCAGGACGCAGCUGGUGGAACAGAUAGACCCAGCAGCCUUGGUGACUCCCUAGCGACCUCUGCUGGAAAAAAAAUAGUUUUAAACUGGAUUGGAAGGAUCAGAUUUGGAGACGGGGGUGGGGAACAAUUCUCAAACAGUACUGUGGGAGCCUAUGAUCGGUCCCUUCUGUGACAUGAGUCACUGUUUUUGAUUGGAAACUACAAAUUAUUCAGAGAACUGCAAGAAUAGAACAUGUCAUACUUUUGGUGUCUUUUCAGCCUUCAUAAAAAAAUUAAACGACUGCAAAGAGGAGUAAAAGGUGUGUAUCUUAGCACUCCUGAGCUAUGUGGUCACAUGCACGAUCAUUAUUACAGUGGAAACGUUUGCCAUCAGUUGCACAUGUUUUUUGUUUGUUUUUUGGUUUUUGUUUUG